UAAAUGCCCAGAACCCCAGCGAAAGUGGGCAGAGGUCACACAAUGGAGCUGGCUGGUGCAGUCACCCUCUUUCUGAUCGCCUACCUUUCGUGCCUUGCCCUGCUGUUUGCCAGGAGAAGGGCUUCUCCCGGGGGCAGGCUGCCUCCUGGUCCCACCCCUCUGCCCCUGAUUGGGAACUUCCUGCAGAUCAAGGCAUCCAAAACCCUGCAGUCCCUCCUCAAGUUGCGGGAAAAAUAUGGUCCUGUGUUCACAGUCUACUUUGGAAACCGCCCAGUUGUGGUCUUAUGUGGCCACGAUGCAGUGAAGGAGGCCCUGAUUGACAAGGCUGAAGAAUUUGCCGGGAGGAAAACUAAUGCCACCCUGGAAAGGACCUUCCAAGGACAUGGGGUGGUCUUUGCCAAUGGGGAACGCUGGAAGCAGUUGCGCCGGUUCUCCCUGAGCAUCCUGAGAAAUUUUGGAAUGGGGAAAAAAUCCAUUGAGGAGCGGAUUCAAGAGGAGACCCAGUUCCUGCUGGAGGAAUUGCAAAAGACCCAAGAGAAGCCCUUCAACCCCAUCUUCUUCCUCAGUUGUGCUGUGUCCAAUGUCAUCUGUUCAAUUGUCUUUGGCAAUCGUUUUGACUACAAAGACAAGGAAUUCCUGGAUCUCUUGAAGAUGAUAAAUGACCUCUUUCGGGAAAUGAGCACAGGCUGGUCUCAGAUCUACGACAUGUACGCCAACCUCCUGAAAUACUUUCCGGGGCCACACACCAAGAUCUAUGACAUUCUGGAAGACAUGAGGCUGUUCAUUGCCAAGAGGGUGAUGAAGAACAAAGAGACCCUGGACCCCAACUCCCCUCGGGGUUACAUUGUUUUCUUUCUGAUCCAGAUGGAGAAGCUAGAAAGCACCAGUCACAGGCCACAGACAUUCUCAUGUGCUCUGGUUCCAAACUGUCUUCAGGAAAAAGACAACCCAGCCAGCGAAUUCAACCUGAAGAACCUGGAGCUCACCACCCUAACCUUGUUUAUUGCUGGGACAGAGACUGUCAGCUCCACCCUGAGAUAUGGAUUUCUGUUGCUGAUGAAGUUCCCCGAAGUGCAAGCAAAGAUGCAUGAAGAAAUCGAUCGUGUGAUUGGCCAGAACCGUAUCCCGAACAUCGAAGACCGCAGCCGCAUGCCCUACGUGGAUGCAGUCAUCCACGAAGUGCAGAGGUUCAGUGACCUCAUCCCCAUGAAUGUGCCCCACACAGUCACCUGUGACACCGAAUUCAGAGGCUACUUCAUCCCUAAGGGGACAGAAAUCUACCCACUCCUCAGCACGGUCUUGCACGACAGCACCAAGUUUGAGAGCCCCUAUGGUUUCCACCCCGAAAAUUUCCUGGAUGAGGACGGGCACCUGAAGAAGAACGACGCCUUCGUCCCCUUCUCCUCAGGGAAACGCAUUUGUCUGGGGGAAGCCCUGGCCCGGAUGGAGCUCUUCCUUUUCUUUACCACCGUCCUGCAGAGGUUCCGGCUGAAGCCCACCAUGGACCCCCAGGACAUCGACCUGUCGCCCCAAGAGUUGGGCUUUGCCACCAUCCCACCCUUCUACGAGCUCUCGGUUGUCCCCCGCUGAAAGGAGGGAGGCAAAGCAGGAGAGCGAGCGUACUCCCGGCCCACCUUCUUGUCACUUUUGUCCUUUUGCACAAGCUGGACUUUCAUGGGGGAGAGGUGUGAGGGGCUGAGAACUCCGAGGGGCUGGGCAACGAUGCUUCGUCUAGGCAUUGGCCUUGAAAAUAGAAAGUUUUGCAACGAUCCAUAUAACAA